AUGACAAGGCUUUUUUUUUGGAUUGUCAGCUAUGACAACAUAUCAUCUAUUUUUGUACAAGCAAGUGAAGCCUACCGAAUCGCGACCAUCUAUAAAUUGGGGGACCCUCACGAAGAAACUGUCAUAUUCGAAAUGUUGAUUCUCACAUUCCUGGCUUGCAUCGUAGCAAAUGUCGCGGCUGAAGACAUUGAGGCGACGCUAAAACCGUAUUAUGAAAAGCUCGAGAAAGCCGUCGAGAAUCAAAACAUUAAGAACGCUGUUAGACUAUAUCAUGGUCAAGCAGUCAUUGUCAAGAAAGACAUGUAUGUUGUAUAUGGGAAAAAAGAGAUUACUAAGGACUACGAGGAUGUCUGGAAGAAGCUAGGUCCACACACUUUCGUGUUGAGCAACCAAACCUAUGAAGGCACCGACGACUACAAAAUCGCUGAAUUCAACUUCGAAAUUUUGAGGAAGCCGGACAGAACGAAAAUUGUUGAAGGAAGAAUGCUCCAUAUCUGGAAGAGACGGGGUGAAAAGUUCUACAUCUAUCAUGAACAAUUUGAACUGAAACAGUAG